GAAAAAAGAAGGAUUCGAGAGCCGCCGCGCAGAAGCGUUGCAGAAACGUCAUACUAAAACGAAGUAUAGGUGUAUAUGUAUAGACGUGGUUGUUACUUAUACUUAAGUCUAUAAAUGUUGUUUGUGUCGUCCGUAGACCACAUUGGUGAUCAUCAGUCAUACGCGCGACGGCAAUAAUAACAUAAAUAAUAAUACGCACUGGUAUUAUCAGCUCGUUCGCGUUAUCACCGUCGUUUUUAUUAUUGUUUUUCACUUCGCCGCCGUUCACCGUUCACGGUCGGCGAGUUAACAUUGCGAUAUCGCGACCAGCUCUACUCGCGGCAAUGCUCAUCCUUUACAUGUUGAUCCGUGAUCAUAUACUUACCAGGCUGAUCAUCUUCUUGAUGCUGCUGAUACUGGUGAUUAUCAUCGACUUUUACAUAACCGAACACAAUCAUAAGUACUUCAAGUCGUUGAACAUUAAUUCCUUCAACAACGCGAACGUCAAAGUGUGAACGCCGCACUAUACCAUGGACGCGACCACGGCGACGUCUUCCAAGGACGACGCUAAAGCGUUAUUCCGCAAAGGAGUCGACUAUGAACUCGAGGGUUUCCACUAUGAGGCGAUGCGUUGCUACAAGCGAGCGCUAAAAUUAGAUCCAGACGUUGAGAAAAAAAUUGCUGAUGAAGAAUUUGUUUCUCGCUCCUCUAUGGACACAACUGAUGAAAAUAAUUUAAGCAACGAAAGCGAUGACGAAUAUGAUAACGAAGAAGACCUCUUCUUGAGAUUUCAGAGGAUAAUGGGACCUCAAAUAUGCUUUCCAGAACGUACACAACCAACUACUCAUUUUUCAGCUCUUCCCCCUGAGCUUGUUCUAUACAUAUUAAGGUGGGUCGUAUCUUAUGAUCUCGAUCUACGUAUGUUAGAACAGUGUGCAGCUGUUUGUCGUGGUUGGUACUUGUGUGCCAGAGAUCCUGAGUUGUGGCGUCGAGCAUGUUCCAAAUUUUGGCCUUCAAAUGUCAAUGAUUUAGUCCCAUAUGACGGAAGUUGGCGACGAAUGUUUAUAGAACGACCCAAUGUACUGACAAUUGGUUGUUACAUAUGUAAGAUAUCUUAUGUACGAAGAGGUGAAGAAUCUUUCAGAGAUAACACUAAUGGACCAUCUUUUAAUGUUGUUUAUUACAGAUACUUAAGGUUUUUUUCUGACGGUCGUGUCUUAAUGGUGCUAUCUUAUAAUCCUCCAUCUAAAAUCGUACGAAAAUUACAGACAAGAGAAAAGGCACCUUUCAAUGUGUGCCCUGGACACUACAGACUGUCUGGAAAACAAUUAUUUUUGACUCUUGAUAGUGAAGAUAAGGAACGUGACCGAGAAUUCAACAAAAAACUUGGUUGGGAGGACAACACCCAAAGGAAAACUACUUAUAACAUGGUUUUAGAAAUUUCAAAAUACAAAACAAAACAGAACUGGAAAUUGCAAUGUACAGAUUAUGAAAUAGUUUAUCAAAGUAGAGUUAAUAGAGUAAUGGUUACCAAAUAUGAUUUAUCUAAUAAUCGUUUUCCACCGUUUAUAUUUUCACGCGUAAAAUGCUACUCAAACGAAUCUGAACGUGUAUUAUAAAAUAGUGUAUAAUAUAAUAAGCUCGAUAAAACAUUUUAAACAGUUUAAAAGUUUUUUUUUUUUAUUGUAGUUGAAUAUAUUAUGUGUUGUUUAUUGUUUAAAAACACUAAAACAGUGUUUAAGCCUUUAAGGAUAUAAAUUAAAUUUAAAUUCUGUACUGUUCGGCAGCCUGUGAUUUCUACAAAUGCUUUCACUGUGUUAUCUUCAAUGUUACCUAUCACUACACUAAAUUAUGUGUAGUUAAUUAUUUAUUUUAUAAAAUUUAAGUACUUAAUGUAACUCUAUUAAUUUUUAAUAAUGGUAUACUGAACUUAAACACAUCUUCUAAUACAUGGAAAUAGUCUAUUAUCAAUUGAUAAUAGUCCAUUUUUUUUUUUUUUUUGAUAUUCAAUGUGCAUUUUAGUCUUAUGAAUGUCUCAAUAAUUAAAAUCUGUGUGAAUAAAUAAAUUAAUAAAAAAUUUUCAAGGAAGGUGUACAUUUUAUUAUAUAUUUUAACAAAUUAUAUUGAUGUGGUUCUUUUUUAAGUUAAACUAUUACAUAGCUGAAAUUAUA